AUGGAAAGUAAUGAAGGUUCUGUAUGUCCGCUAUGUCGUCAUGAUAAAAUAAAAAUUUAUGCUGUUGGUGAAUGUUCUCAUCCUGUAUGUCAUUUAUGUUCAACAAAAAUGCGUAUUCUUUGUGAACAAACAUAUUGUGCCAUUUGUCGACAAGAACUUCCUCAAGUAUAUUUUGUUUCGGAUCUUGCUAUAACUCACCCAACAAUUGAUCAAUCUCGUUUUACACCCAUUGAUGAAACAGGUGACUGUGGAAUUUAUUAUCCAAUAAAAGCCGAAUGGAUUCGACGCGAAACAGAAAAACUACUACGAAAUUUUUGUCCAUUUUGUUACUCUGAAUACGAAACAUUUGACAUACUACGUGAUCAUGUACGACGUACUCAUCGUUAUUUUUAUUGUGAUUUAUGUGUUGAAAAUUUAAAUUUAUUUCCACACGAAAGAAAAUGUUAUACACGUCAUGAUCUUGUUCAACAUAUACGAUGUGGUGAUCGUGAUGAUACUUCAUUUAAAGGUCACCCAUUAUGUCGAUUUUGUGAUGAUCAUUUUCUUGAUGUUGAUCAAUUAUAUAAACAUAUGAGAAAAGAACAUUAUUAUUGUCAUUUAUGUACAGAUGACAAUGUUUAUUAUAGUGAUUUUGAUUUACUUCGUGAUCAUUAUCGUUCAAGUCAUUAUUUUUGUGAAAUUGGUCAAUGUAAAGACGUACAAUUUACAAAUGUAUUUUCUUCUGAAAUUGACUUUCGUGCACAUCAAGCAACACAACAUAGUAAAAAUCGAGCUGAGGCAAGACAACUAGGUACUAUUCCAGUAGAAUUUCAAUUGACAGGUAUGCGUGAUCGAAAACAACAACGUGACCCAGCUCAUAGAGGAACAUUCAAAAGUGGUGAAUUUAAGACACAAGGGAAUAAUAACUCGUCAAGGAAUGAACGUGAUGAUAUUCAACAAGAACCAGCUGUUGCUGUGGCAGUACCUUCUAUUGAUGAAUUUCCAACUUUAGGUGAACGUUCCUCAACUCCACAAAAUGUUUCACAACAUCGUGGUGCUUGGUUGACUGAUUCAUUUAGACGAAUACAUUCAUCGGAUGAUUUUCCUACACUUGCUAGUGCAGCUAAUAAUGUGUCAAAUAUGAAUGUUAGUCAAACUAAAGGAAUUUGGCGAGAACAACAACAAAUAAUGUCAUCAUCAUCUACAAAUCUGAAUGUCACAUCAAAGAAAGCACCUCAACCAGUAAAACCACUAACCAAUGGAACACCUUCAGUAAAUCUGAAAGAAGAUUUUCCAGCAUUAAAAGGAGCUAGCAAUGCAAAAAUACCUGCACCUGUAUCGAUGUUUUCAGCUUGGUCAACUGCUAAAAAAUCAGCAAAAAAUGCGAAUGCAAAUGCAAAAGCAAAUCAACCACAAAUGCGUUUAAAUACUAAUCGUUUAAUUAAUGAUGAUGAGAAUGAUGAAUAUAUCAGACGACCUAUGGCUUCUUUAACUACCAGUACAACACCUAUUGCUUCAUCAAAUAUAAAAAUGAUAUCAUCUUCUGACUUACCUAGUACUCAGACUAAUGAAAAACAGAAUAAAAAUAAAAAACAAUCUCUUCCAAAUUCCCAAGAUUUUCCAGCUUUACCAUCAACAACUACAACACAAAAUAAUGUUGUAUCUUCUAACGUUUGGGUAACUGAUGGUACGAACCCAUCAACGAAAUUAUCCACAAAACAACAGAAAAAAAAGAGUGCUGCCUUGAGUAAGAAAAAAUUUAUGGAAGAAGUUCAAGCAAUGCCACCUCCACUAUCAUUGUCCUCCACCAAUGACUUUCCAACUAUUGGUUUAAGUCAACUUGGUCAACGUUUAAUAACUGACGAAAAUCAACCAACUUUAACAGCACAAACAAAGGAAGAGAAACCUCCAUUACCACUACCACCAUCAUCGACGACAUCAUCAUCAUCAAUAAAACAAGAAAAAAAAGAUGAAAAUAAAUCAACAGUUCAAUCCAAUAAGAUAGCACCAAAAGCAACGAAGAAAAAUGAUUCAAUUAAACAAGAGGCAUCAUCACAACCUUUAAUACAAGAUGAAUCUGUUUCUCAAGUAGCACCACCUCCAACAUCUUCUAUUCAAUCUCCACCUACUUUUGCUACAUCGGUUGUUGUUCCUCCGCCACCCGGUUUUACAACACCACUUGUUAUUCCUCCACCACCAGGCUUUAAUGCAAUUUCAUCAUCCCAAUCCGCUGCACCUUCCUAUAUUUUCACUUCAUCUCAUCCAAGACAAAAAGAUGAAUUUCGUACUAAGCUUUUCAAUCUAUUCGACAGUGAUAUGAAUUUAUUUAAUGAAUAUGAUAAAUUCUGUGAAGCAUUUUCUCAAAAUAAAAUAACAUCACAAGAUUUUAUGACAUAUACAACACAAUUAUUUAAAGGUAAAAUUGAUGAAUAUUUACCUGAAUUAAUUGUUAUUAUGCCAAAUAUUGAGCAACAAAAUGAACUUUAUUCAAAUUGGAAAAAAAAUAUUCAAUCAACAUCAUCUUCAACAGCUGCAGCAACACAAAAUAAAACAACUUGGACAAAGAAAAAUUCUGAUGAAAAAAAUAUUCAUAUAUGUCGUAUUUGUCGACAGAUCAUGUUUGAAUCUGAUGUUGAUGAACAUAAUUCUUAUCAUACAGAAUUCAACACACAGUUUCCUUCAUUACCAAUAGCUUCUGUUCCGAUCGGUCGAGGAAGAGGAAAGACAAAGAAAUGA